UUUCCAUUUCGUUAACAAGUGAAUCAAUUCGGGGUAGAGAGAGAGAGAGAGAGAGAGAGAGAGAGAGAGAGAGAGAGAGAGAGAGAUGGAGAUUAGAGAAGACCACCAUGAAGACGAUACAACAAAAGCACUCUAUGAGGCAGCAGUUGCAGACUCUGUAUCAUCUUUUAAAACAUUGAUCCAGAAAGACCCUCUCAUCCUUGACGAAGUUUCACUCACUCACUUCAGUGAAACUCCCCUCCACAUCUCAGCUCUGCUCGGCAACAUUGAUUUCACCAAGGCUAUUCUUACCCACAACUGGAGACUUGCCACCGUGAGGGACUCCUUGAGACGCCUGCCGCUUCUCUUGGCAGCUGCCGAGGGCCAAAAGGAGAUUGUUCAAGCUCUUCUGAAAGCCUACCCGGCCGCUUGCUUGUUUCCUGAUCAGUAUGGAAGAAUCCCUCUUCACUAUGCCGCUAUGAGAGGACACGCUGAGGUCUUAGUUGAGUUGAUGCACACAAUGCCCAAAUCAGUCAUGUUAAGGGUUCUUGAUAGAGGAGACACGGUUUUCCACUUAUGUGUUGCUUAUAACCAAUUAGAAUGCUUGAAGCUAUUGGUGGAAGAGGUAGGAGACAAUAGAGACCUCCUCAAUGCUAGAGCUGGAUGCGAUGGUGGUAUGACCAUCCUUGAAUUAGCUGUGAUGCUAAGGCAAAUUGAGACCAUAAAAUACUUGCUUUCGCUACCUGCUGUACAAGCAGAAGCAAAUGUUGUACAUGGGAAGGUUUUAAACAUGCUAGAAAAUAGUCCAAGAGAGUCCGUAAGUUUGGAAAUUCAACGAGUUUUGAUGGAUGCUGGUAUCAUGAGAAAUGGAAAGAAUGAAAAUGAGAAACAACUACCAUUACCAAACAACAAAUCAAAGAAAGAUGGAAAAAAGGGACGGAAAGGUUCGAAAAAGGUGAAUGAGAAACGCAGUGAGAGUGGGAAUUGGGUGGAAGAGAAACGCGGCAUGCUGAUGGUUGUAGCUACCAUGAUCUCAACAAUGACAUUCCAAGCUGCAAUUAACCCACCAGGUGGGUUUUGGCAAGAAAUGAACACCAAUACGGUUUUUGAUGGAGUUCCUUAUUGCAGUAUGAGAGACCCUUGUCUACCCGGAACUGCAGUAUCAAGGUACAUGCAUCCAGAAUACUUCAACUGCUUCCAGAUUUUCAAUACCAUCAGCUUCCUCUGUUCUUUGUGCAUCACUCUUUUGCUUAUAAGUGGAUUUCGUCUCCAUAAACGAGUACUUGUCUGGCUCUUGUCAAUAGUGAUGUGUCUCACUCUCACAUUCUUGGCACUGGCCUUCAGGGCAGGUUCCUAUAUGAUAAGACCAGAAGGUAUUCAAUAUGGAUAUCGCGAUCGUAUACGUUUUCUGGCUUAUGGCUCAUGGUUUUGGGUUCCAUUGCUUCUACUGGUAGCUUUAUAUCACACUAUUCGACUUCUGGUUUGGCUCGUAAGGAAGUUGUGGCGCCUAAUCUACCACAAAAUCAAGAAGACGAGCAGCAACGAUGGAAAUCAACAUCAGCCUCCCUCAAACUCUCAUGAGAACAAUUCGUACGUCUAAGUGGACUGAAAUGAUCGAUACUCGAUCUGUUGGUACAACUACAAACUAGAUAGUCACCGGCACGUGUAUUGUUAUGAAUUUUUCUCCCUGCUUUGAUGUUCUAUCUGUUUAGGGAAAAAAAAAAUCUAGCAACUAUAUAGUGCAUGCUGUUGUAUAAUUCAUCUUUUCUCCCUGUAUUGUUGCGUACUUAAGACAUGCAAUAUAAUACAUCUUUAGGUGUUCCUCGAUGGUUA